AGUUAAAUAAAAUGGCUACAGUAAGUGAUGUAUGUAAAAAAAUUGAAGAGGAUAUUGAAAGCAUGUUGCAAAAAUAUGACAAAAAUGGAGACAAAAGUUUAACUCGUGGUGAAAUAGUUGAAUCCCUAUCUCAAAUUAAUGCAAGAAACCCACUUAAAACCGCUCUAUUGAUCUUUAAACGUUUGGAUACCAAUAGAGAUGGCACCAUUUCAAUUAAUGAAAUUAGAAAUAAUGCUACUCAACUAAAUCAAAAAAAUUUAGAAGAUGCUAUAAGACGUGAAGUAACCCAAAUUUUAGAUAAUCAUGACAAAAAUGGGGACCAAAAAAUCACACUUGAUGAAAUGGUUGAAAGCUUGAUUAAAACAUCAAACUUGGAUAAAGAGAAAACUGCAGAUAUAUAUUUUUAUGAAAUAGAUACUGAUAAAGAUGGAGUUUUGACUGUUGAUGAGCUUAAAAAAGUAAGAAAUAGAUUAUUAUAUUUUAAUUAUACUUUGAAAAUUCUAAUUUAA